CUCUAUAUAUAAUGCCUCUUUGUAAUGAAUAUUGGCACUUGAAAAUGGAGAUAAACCAUAAGGGAAGAGGGUUCAUGAGAAGUAAGCUAGCGAAAGCCAAAUCUUUCUUUAGAGUCAAUCAUUCCAAGCCUAAUACCAUGCAAGUGCAAUGUAUCAGCAAUACAAAGGUUAGCCCCAGUCCUUAUACUUAUAGCCCAAAUGGUUCAAAUAAUUCUUCAUCAAUCCAAAAGAUCAUGUCCAGUGCUCAACCCUGUCCUCUGCCAGUUCAACAUAGCAGCAGGGUUACUCCUACUUGUUCUAUGGAUUUUCCCACUGGCCAGUCGAUCCAAAAGGUGUCCGCUUCUUGUCAGCUUGGAAGUUAUGGUGGUGACGAAAAUGUAGAUAUAAAAGCUGCAAGCUACAUUUCAUAUGUACGUGAACGUUUCAAGCUAGAGAAACUUGAUUCAGAAGCAUGGUAACAAAAAAAAAAAAAAAAAAAGAAAAGAAAAGAAAAGAAAGAAACAGAAUUUGGGUUUUCUCAUAUUAUCUUAUCUAUUAGAAUUAAAUAUUAAUGUAGUGGGAAUUUCUCUAGUUGUCAGCAAUAUUAAAGUCGGAAUUAAUAAUCAGCUAGGGUAUAUUAUAUAUGCAUGUGAUAUGUACUAUUAUCAAUAUAUGUCAGUUUUCAAGUUACACUUCUA